AUGGUUGUAAAGCAUAAAUACAACGGCAAAGCACUUAUUGGMCACACUUUCAUGACCAUACAAGCAAAUGAUGCGGAGUUCUGCCCAUCUCUUUGUUUCAUGCACAUGGAACGUGGAUGUAUCUCAUGCACAUUUGACACUCAGAAACUGCAGUGCAAUCUUAGCAACUCGGAUCCAACCAUGCACCCAGAACAUCUUGUGGACACAAAGAAUGCGAUCUUUUGGAGUACAGAGAAUACUUGCAGCUGUUCGUCCAAGAACAUGAGCUGUAGUUACAGCGUUAUUCUCAACGAUUACCACUGCUACUGUAAGCUUGGAUACGGAGGUCCUAACUGUGAAACUGAUUUGAAUCUCAUCGCCAUUUAUCCACUGAAUUCUCRCUACCAAGCAAAAUCUUUACAGAGUGAUGCACCAGACGGUGUUAUCAGUAACGUCACAUGCUCUAAGGAUUUAAGCUCUCCACUUGGAGGAUCGUGCGAAUUCAAAGGUUUCCAAAGCAGUUAUAUCGAGAUACCAAAUUACGAAAAUGGAAAGCUCGAUCUCAAGGGCUCGAUGACAUUCCUKGCRUUCAUAAAUGUAGAGAGGGAAGGUCCUUUACUUCAGUAUAAUGCAAACACAUAUUCUGUUCAUUGGUGGGCCGUGCAAGACAUUAAUUUGUUCGUACGCAUGAAGGAAAGAUCCAUGCCCGCUCAAAAUCCUCCCRAARCCCGAUCUCCCAUUCCUAAAGGUCACUGGAACUAUGUUGGCAUGACUUACGACAGAUCUACUGGUGUGAAUAGUUUGUGGAUUGAAGGAGAACGGAACGCAUCGACAGCCAUAGGUAGUAUGGACAUGGCCACUCACUUUGAGGUGCGAAUGGGAGCUACAAACUUUGAUUCGCGUUCCUUAAAAGGAAAAAUUACCUGCCUCCAAGUCUACAAAAAACCUUUGGAUGAGUUUCAAAUUAAACAGGCGAAACACCAUUGUGAUAGAUACGUGUGAAUACCAUUUUAAAUGGUGGACACCCACUAAGAAAUGGACAGUCAGUUAAAACAAAGAUUAUGUCAUUACUUAGGACCAAAGUUAAAGUGCGAAUGACACCUUUUAGAAAAUCACUUUUAUCCGAAACAGUUGUGUAAAAAGAUAAAUUUAACACCUUAAAAUUUUUGAAAUAACGUUUCGGACGUUAAUCCUUCGUUGGAGUAAAGAGGAAGUGAUUUCACAUCCUUUUUUACGGUGUUAAAUUUAUCUUUUUACACAACUGUUUCUUUAGAAACACCGACGCAGCUCACACUAGUUAACCGCUAGUUUCCACCAUUUUAUCCGAAAGGUAACACGCUGCCAAGCACUUCUAUGAAGAAAGAAAUAGAUUUUGAAUUGUAUUUUCUGAGUUAUAGACAUUUGAAAAUUGAAAAUGCAAAUGAAGUGCCGUCAACUAAGGAAUUGAUGCAGACUUUUUACAUUGUUUGUUGUAAGCUACUCGUUCUUGAAGAGUUCAAAACAACAAUCAUAGUAAUAAUUUUGAGAUGAAAAUGCUUUUUCUCAAUGUAC